AUGAAAGUUUUACUGUCAGGUAGCAAUCCAAACAUCCAAUUUUAUACAUCCAGAUUCCAAACCAUCAAAGAUGUUCAAUUAUUCCAUGUUAGUAAUAUUAAAUCUAAUAUUUUUGAACUACAGACUGAACAAUACGGAACUGUCAAAUACUCUUUGGAGAACCAUUUCACUUCUUUACAGAAUUUAAUCGAAGGAGUGAAACUCAUUUCAAAGGAUUUUAAAUUCGAUCUAAUCAUUUUAAGCGUCUCCUCUUUAAAUGAAUUAACUAAUAUAUUCAAUAUCUUAAAACCUGUUAUUGAUACCACUACUACUGCUACUACUACUACUAAUAAUAAUAGCAGUAGUAGUAAGACAAAAAUUUUGAUUGAAAGUUCUGGUUAUCUAUCUUUAGAAUCAUUUGUACUUAAUAAUAAUAAUAAUAAUAGUUUUUCUCAAUCAAAUAUAUUUUCUAUUCUAACCUCCUAUGAUAUCCGUGAAAUAAAUUCUAAUAUAUAUAAACAACAACCAAAAAAUCAGAAAGAAUCCAAUUCAAAAAAUAAUCUUCCAAAGAUCAUAUUGGGGAAAAGUUCUUAUCCUAUUUCAAACAACAAACAAAUUAAACCAAAGUACAACUCACAGAUACAAUCCAAUUUAAAAGAUUUGGAAUCUCUUUUCAAAAAGGUUUUUAUUCAUAGUGAUAUAAUGACUUGUAAUAUGGAACCCAAGAGAUUCAUAUCAGAACAAUGGUCAUUGGCCAUCCCAAACAUCUGUCUGAAUCCAGUAAUGAUCCUUUUCCAAGAAUCUAAUAUAGGUACUUUUCUAGAUGAAAUCUUAGCUAAACCUUUGAUCUCUGGAUUGGUCACUGAAAUCUUGACUAUUGCUAAAAAUUCAAAUAUACCCUUGGGAAGCCACAUGAAUAAUGAAACCCAUAUAAUAGAAUCCUGGAAAUCUCAUUAUCAAAACUUAGGCGAUGUCCCAGCAUUAGUUUUUAAUUUCAAACACCAACUUUUAGACCAUUUGAAUUUGAAUCUAUUGUUGUUAAAUCCGAUUCUUCUGGCUGACGAUUUAAGUAUUAAGACUCCAUAUCUAGAGUUUCUUUAUACUGUAAUGCUUCAAUAUUCAAAUAUUAAUAAGGGGGAAUCAGAAUGGUUCAUAAGAAAGGAAAUGGUAGAACAACUGAAACAAUCUAUUGAAGAUUUAACUAAUGAUAAAGAAAAACUUUUAAACAAUUAUCGUUUGUUACGUGAAAAUUUUGAAAAGAACAAUACUGAAUUAACAAAUAUUCAAAAAAGAAUUAAAUUUUUGGAGUUGGAAAAUACUCAACUAAAACAAUCAAAUGAAAUAAAAUUGAGCGAAAAGGAUAAAAUUAUCAACGAUUUGCAAUUGAAAAUUUCUUCCUCGUUAUUGUCUUCAUCUAUAUCUAAUUCAAAUAAUGAUACACAAGCAUCAAAUGGACAAACCUCGAUCCCUCCUACUCAAACUGAGUCCAAGGAAUUGCUCGAUAUUAACAUGUCUAUAAAUGAAAAACAACAACAAUUAUUGGAUAAAGAACUUGAUUUAAAGAAAAAAGAACUAGAACUUGAAAAGAAAUUAACAGCAAUACAACAACAGCAACUAGGACAAGGACAAGGACAAGGACAGCGGCAAUUACAGCAACCAUUAAAUGUAAAUAACUCGAUAACACAUAAUCCUUCAUCACCAAUGACUCCACUUGGCUUACAUUCACCUCCAAAUAUAUUUAAACCACAACAAUUACCAUACAAUUUUAGCAAUUCAAGCAAUGGUACUAUCAACAGGUCCAAUCACUCUACACCAACUAUACCAAAUAUUAAUGCGUCCAAGUUUGUUGAUCCUGUUUCAUCAAGUUUUGCUUCACCAUUAGAUAUUGCUGAUGAUUUCCAACAGUUACAUCACAAAUCUUCAUUUGGUUCUCAUCCAAUUAAACCAACUAGUAGAAAGAAUAGGAAAAGUAAUUUACCUACUAUUGGGAAUGCGUCAAGUAUAGGUUUUAACGAUGUCUCUACAUCAGCUAACAUAUUAAGCCCAGUUAGUAGAAGAGUAAGUUCAUUGCCUGUGCAAAGUACAAAUUUUCAUACUUAUGGUGCUUUUCCAGAUAAUAAUAAUGCUUCAAGACAGGGAUUGGGCAUCCUUGAUAUUCCACAACAAGGUCAAAAUAUUUCACUUGGCCCUAAUGGUAACACUUACAACACUACAGCCAAUACCAAUAUAACUGCUGGUAAUAAUAACAGGAUUGGGAGUAGAAGUUUAACACCAUUAAAUACAAACUUUUCUAAACAACAAACCACUAAACCUAUUCAAUUUGGUUCAAAUAAAAAUUCCAUUUUAAAUAAUAGUAACAAUAACAAUAAUAAUAAUAAUGAUGAUAAUAAGGUAAAUUUAACUGAAAAUACUAAUAAUAAUAGUAAUAUUAGUAGUAAUGAGAACUCAUUAAUAUCUCCAGCUGCUAAUUUAUUUAAUUCUUCUCCUGGGCAAAGUUCGACACCUACACCUGUAUUAGUAAAUCACAAGUUUGAAAAGAAUGAAUCAACAAACCCAAUCACAACAAAUACUCAAGAAAUAACCUUAAAUGAAACUAAUACAAAUGGAAAAGGAAAUAAAACGAAAAAGAAAUUCGGCGGUCUUUUCCAUAGAAAUAAGAAAUAA